UACGGGAACCAUAUUGUAAAAAUGUGGUGUGAAUGCAGCCUUAGAGCCGGAGAUUGCCGAUAAUACUGAUCAGUGCUAUGCCUAUGGGCUUGGUCCUUAAAGGGUUAAAGGGUAUCAAAUGUUGUCGUUUACAAACCGAAAACAGUUGCAAAACAUAAGGUAUAAACAUAUACAAAAAGCAUCAACUUUGAUUCCUAACAAAGUAGCAAUAAAGCAAGCCCGCUGCUGACCUCUACAGGUGACUGUGCAGAAUGCAAGAGCCAUUCAGAUGACUGUGAGAACAGCAUCAAAUGAAGAGAGGGAGGAGACCUGGCUGCCCAAGUGAAUGAAUUGCAGCCCUGGGAGGCUUCCUGAUCCCUGCAAUGUGAGUUUCUCCAAAGCUUCUCCAAGCUGCUGAGCCCAUGUAGUGCCCUGAGCUGCUGCCAUGGAGAGUGGAGUCAGCUAGGUGGCACAGGGAGCAGCAGGUCAUGCAGGGUUCCUGGACCCCUUUUGGGGGAUUAGAGCAUCUUUAGGCAGACACUGGGGAGGAGCUGCUGCAAUCCCCACCACUGCUGCUGUUGUUGACUGAGACAAGUAGCUGCUUCAGACACAAUGUCAUGCAUGGGAGGUGCAACACACUGCAAAACUUUCUCACGAGUUCCUGCUCCUCACGCCUCCUGAAUCCAAGCCUGUCAAGGCAGAAGAAGGGCUGGGACUUGUGGUACCAUGCAAUGAAGGGACUUUGUGGAGAUGUCUUGGACAGGACACCAUGCCUGAGCUUUCUUCUGCCAAGUGUUUGAGACCUGGAUCCUUCUUACAUGGAGAGGAGACUGAGUUAACAUGACUUUAUUCACCAAUGAAAGCUUGUGGAACCGAUCAGGACAGCAGGACCACCUGCUGAGGGGCAAUGGCACUGCCAAUAGGACCUCACUGGUGGAGGGCUUGGACAUGCAGGCGAUCAGUGUUGGCAUCGUCUUGGCUGCUUUUAUCUUGUUCGCCAUUGUGGGCAACAUCUUGGUCAUCUUGUCAGUGGCAUGCAACAGGCAGCUCCAGACUGUGACCAACUACUUCAUCAUCAACCUGGCCAUAGCUGACCUCCUGCUCAGCACCACUGUGCUGCCUUUCUCCGCCACCCUGGAGGUUCUUGGCUUUUGGGCUUUUGGAAGGAUCUUCUGUGACAUCUGGGCUGCUGUGGAUGUCCUCUGCUGCACUGCCUCUAUUAUGAGCCUCUGUAUCAUAUCCAUUGACAGGUAUGUAGGGGUCAAGUACUCUCUGAAAUACCCAACCAUCAUGACUGAGAAGAGGGCUGUGGUCAUCCUCAUCAUGCUGUGGGUCACCUCCAUGGUCAUCUCCAUUGGACCACUCCUGGGAUGGAAGGAGCCUCCACCAGCAGAUGACAGCCAGUGCAACAUCACUCAGGAACCUGGCUAUGCCCUCUUCUCCUCUCUGGGCUCUUUCUACCUGCCCUUGUUGGUCAUUCUCUUCAUGUAUUUCAAAGUCUACAUUGUUGCCAGAAGGACCACCAAGAGUUUAGAGGCUGGGGUCAAGAGGGAAAGGAAUAAGUCCAUGGAAGUUGUCCUCAGGAUCCACUGCAGAAGUAGUGUCAUGGGGGAGUCUACGGCCAGCACCAGAUCCAAGGGACAUACCUUCAGGAGUUCACUCUCUGUAAGACUCAUCAAGUUCUCCCGGGAGAAGAAAGCGGCCAAGACACUGGCUAUAGUGGUGGGGGUAUUUAUUCUGUGCUGGCUGCCCUUCUUCAUUGUGCUGCCUUUAGGGUCAUUUUUUCCCUCACUGAGACCCUCGGAUGCCGUCUUUAAAGUCAUCUUCUGGUUGGGAUACUUUAAUAGCUGCGUCAACCCUAUUAUAUACCCAUGUUCCAGCAAGGAAUUCAAAAGGGCCUUCAUAAGACUGCUGAGAUGCCGCUGCCGGAGGAGGCGGCGCCCCCUGUGGAGGGUCUACGACCAGCAAUGGAGAACUUCCAUGACCAGUUCCAGGAGGGGUUCCGAUGCAGAACACCCUACAGACUUCUCCUCCCUAAACUCCUCAUUUAUUUUCAACCCAGGCGACCACGGGAUCGCCACGAGGAGGAAGACCAUGGAUUUCGCUAACGGUUGGAAACUCAUCUCUCCUUUCCGAAGCUCUUCUUCCCAGCUGAAAGAAAAAGUGAACAGCCUUUCUAAUAAAAUAAGGAACAGCUCGACGAAGAGCAACAUUUCGGCGGCCUACAAGAGCGAGGUGGAGUCCAUCUCCAUGGCCGUCUCCAAUGACUUUACGGAACUAGAGUAUCAAAUGUACGACCUCACAGACUGCUGCGGGCUCCGAGAAACAGAUAUCUAGAUAUAUAUGUGUCUUAUAUUGUCCUGAUUUUAUGGCCAUUUCUUUUUAUGUGAGGGAUGGGGGG